UCAUCUAAAUUUUUCGCGAUUGUAGCUGUAAUGUUUGUUGAUCACUAACAAAACUUUGAAAACGCAAACAUGGUUCUUCUGAAUAGUGGUAAAAGAAAGAAAGGAGAUGCCGACGAUGGCGAGGAUAGCAGUAAUUCACGCUCGCGUUCAAGACCUGAUGACUUCGGUGGCUCGACCGAAACAAGGGUCCUCAGGAUUCAAACAAAUGACACGCUGGAUGUUAAGUAUGGAUUUGAUCGCUACAAGGAGCCAAUAGAUCGACUUGGAUGGCUUAUCAACAUGCAUCCAACAGAAGUAAUUGAUGAUGAUAAGAAGCUAAUAAGUGCUGUAGACCUCUACUUCAUUCAAGAUGAUGGAGGCCGCUUUAGGGUACCAUUACCCUACAAGCCUUACUUCUACAUCCUUGCAAAGAAAGACACUGAUCGAGAAGUGGCAACUUUCUUGAACAGAAAGUUUGGUGGACUGAUAGCAAGCAUAGAAACAGUUGCAAAGGAAGAUCUAGAUCUGAAUAAUCACCUUGUUGGGCUGAAAAGAAAUUACAUUAAGCUGUCAUUUCUCACAGUUAAUGACUUGAUGAAAGUGAAGAGGGAAAUUAUGCCAGCUGUAAGGAAAAACAAAGAACAGGCCAAGACAAAUGCAGCGUACAACAUUGUGAUGGGCAAUGAUUGGAAUGAAGAAGAAAUGAUUGCAGCUAACAGAAGAAGUACUGAUCAAAUGGCAAAUAUCAUUGACAUCAGGGAAUAUGAUGUACCCUAUCAUGUCAGAGUGGCUAUUGAUCUCAGGAUUUUUGUGGGUCACUGGUAUGAUGUGAAAGUUCGUGGUGGAAUUCAUGCAGAGAUCAGAAGAAGGGAGGAUCUUCUCGACAGACCUGAACCAAUUGUGCUGGCAUAUGAUAUUGAGACAACAAAGCUGCCACUUAAGUUUCCUGAUUCCAGCACAGACUCCAUCAUGAUGGUGUCUUACAUGAUUGAUGGCCAGGGCUUCUUAAUUAUUAAUAGAGAAAUAGUUUCAGAAGACAUUGAAGAUUUUGAAUACACACCUAAACCUGAAUAUGAAGGACAUUUCACAGUCAUAAACGAGCCCAAUGAGUUAAGCCUCCUCCAGCGUUUUUUCGAGCAUAUCCUGGAAGUGAAACCAAAUAUAUUUGUAACCUACAAUGGUGAUUCCUUUGAUUGGCCAUUUGUUGAGGCCCGUGCAACAUAUCAUGGUAUCAACAUGUUUGAUGAAAUUGGUUUUUCUGCUGAUGCACAAGGAGAGUACAAAAGUCGGGCAGCAAUCCACAUGGAUGCUUUCAGAUGGGUUAAAAGAGACAGCUACCUCCCUGUUGGAAGUCAAAACUUGAAGGCUACUACCAAAGCUAAGCUGCGAUAUGAUCCCAUUGAGCUGGAUCCUGAAGAGAUGUGCCGCAUGGCCAGUGAGCAACCUCAGGAAUUGGCAAAUUACUCAGUUUCUGAUGCAGUUGCAACUUACUACCUUUACAUGAAAUAUGUCCAUCCAUUUAUCUUUGCACUGUGCACCAUUAUUCCCAUGGAGGCAGAUGAGGUUCUCAGGAAAGGAUCAGGAACAUUGUGUGAAGCCCUGUUAAUGGUGCAAGCCUUCCAUGCAAACAUCAUAUAUCCUAACAAGCAAGAGCAGGUGUUUAAUAAGCUGACAAGUGAUGGCCAUGUGCUCGACUCUGAGACAUACGUAGGAGGCCAUGUAGAAGCUCUUGAGUCAGGAGUAUUCAGAAGUGACAUCCCUUGUAGAUUUCGAUUGGUUCCUGAUGCAUUCCAAAAACUUAUUGAUAAUGUGGAAAGCACAAUGCGACAUGCGAUUGUUGAAGAAGAAAAUAUUCCUAUGGAUACUGUUACAAAUUUUGAUGAGGUUUGUUCCGAGAUCAAAGACAAGUUGGCAAGUUUGCGAGACACACCUGCAAGACUGGAGAACCCUUUGAUCUAUCAUCUUGAUGUGGGUGCCAUGUACCCUAACAUUAUCCUUACCAACAGACUCCAGCCAUCUGCUAUGGUUGAUGAGGCAACUUGUGCUGCAUGUGACUUCAACAAACCAGGAGCAAAAUGCCAGCGAGUCAUGAACUGGACUUGGAGAGGCGAUUUUAUGCCAGCAACUCGUAAUGAAUAUCAAACCAUCAAACAGCAGCUUGAAGUAGAAAAGAUUCCUGGUGUUAAUCCAGGUGAUCCCACAAGAUCUUUCCAUUCUCUAACCCUUGCUGAACAAGCUCAGAUGGAAAAAAAGAGAUUGCAAGAUUACUGCCACAAAGCUUACAAGAGAGUGCGUGUAAGCAAGCAAGAAAUCAGAAAUACCAUGAUUUGCCAACGAGAGAAUUCUUUUUACGUGGACACUGUGCGAGCUUUCCGUGACAGGCGUUAUGAAUUCAAAGGGCUUCUUAAGGCUUGGAAACGAAAACUUGGUGCUGCCAUGCAAAGUGGUGAUCCUGAAGAAAUCAAAAGUUGUAAAAGCAAAGAGGUUUUGUACGAUUCUCUUCAGCUGGCCCACAAAUGUAUCUUGAAUUCUUUUUAUGGUUAUGUCAUGAGGAAAGGGGCUCGAUGGUAUUCAAUGGAGAUGGCUGGCAUUGUUUGUCACACUGGCGCCAAUAUUAUCAGACAAGCUAGAGAAAUUGUGGAACAAAUUGGACGUCCUCUAGAACUAGACACUGACGGAAUCUGGUGUGUUCUGCCAGCAAGUUUCCCUGAAAACUUCCAGAUAACUACAACUAACCCAAAGAAGAGUAAAGUGGCAAUUUCAUACCCUGGAGCUAUGUUGAACAUCAUGGUUAAGAACCACUACACCAACGAUCAGUACCAUGAACUUACAGAUGCAGAGAAUCUGACCUACGAAACAAGAAGUGAAAACUCAAUCUUUUUUGAGGUUGAUGGUCCCUAUAAAGCAAUGAUUCUUCCUGCCUCAAAAGAAGAAGGAAAGAAAUUAAAAAAAAGAUAUGCAGUGUUCAAUGAUGAUGGCUCCUUGGCAGAAUUGAAAGGAUUUGAAGUUAAGCGACGUGGUGAAUUACAACUGGUCAAGAUUUUCCAGUCCUCUGUUUUUGAGGCUUUCCUUCAAGGGAAAACUCUAGAAGAAGUUUAUGCUGCUGUGGCCCAAGUUGCAAACUACUGGCUUGAUGUUCUCUACAGCAAGGCAACAAAUAUGCCUGACAGUGAACUCUUCGAACUAAUCUGUGAGAACCGCAGCAUGUCUAGAAAGCUUGAAGAUUAUGAAGGACAGAAAUCAACCUCAAUCAGUACAGCGAAGAGACUGUCGGAAUUUCUUGGUGAUCAGAUGGUCAAAGACAAAGGUCUCAGCUGCCGGUUUAUUAUUUCAAGAAAGCCAGAAGGAUCACCAGUGACUGAGAGAGCCAUACCCUUGGCAAUCUUUCAAACAGAGGAUGGUGUGAAGAAACAUUAUCUACGACGUUGGCUGAAGGAUGCUUCCAUGAGCAGUUUUGACAUCAGAGAUAUCUUAGAUUGGCAGUAUUACAUUGAGCGGCUUAACAGUUGUAUUCAGAAGAUCAUCACCAUCCCAGCUGCACUGCAAGGGGUCAGCAACCCUGUUCCUCGUUGCUCCCAUCCAGACUGGCUGCACAAAAGACUAUUAGAAAGAAAUGAUGUUUUUAAACAACAGAAGAUCAAUGCCAUGUUUGCACCACUUCCAAAGAAGAAGCUACAGGAUGACAUCUCCAAUCAAGAGAAUCACAGUCCUCCCACUAGCCAAUCCUUGGACAUAGAGGAUAUAGCUGGGAAAGGAAAAUCACCAACUGGUAUACCUGUGGCCACCAAGAGGAAGCAUGGACAAAUGACUCUUGGCAGUAGUUUUUCCAACAUUGCAAAUCAAAAUUCCUCGCAGCAAACUGAGGGACCAUUGUCACAAACAUGGAAAGAAGUUUUAGGAGAACCUCCACAAUGGGGACCGAACAAGGAAGAUAAGGAGAAAUGGGUGCAAUUUCAAAAGAAAAAAUGGGAAUUCCAGGCCAAGCAACGUGCUGAGAGGAAACGUCUGCGUAAGGAAGCUGAUUCUAUGGGUAUGAGCACACUGGCUGUUGGGCGUGGCCCAUCCACUGGGCUGUCAACUUUUAUGAGACAGCAAGCUAGGUCUCUUGUAGAUACUCCUUGGCAAAUAAUACAGUUGGCUGAAACUAAUGAUCCAGGGACAUUCAAGGUUUGGGCUGUAGUAGGUACAGACCUCCAUACAAUCAAAGUUAAUGUGCCGAGGAUUUUUUAUGUAAAUUGCCACACCCCAAAAGAAGGAGCUGGGACAACAUGGAGGAAAGUUUCCCGGACAUUGCCACACUCUCAUCCAGUGCUUAACCUCUACGAGUACACUGUUCCUGAAAAAAUUUUUAGAGAUCAUUCAAGUGAACUGGCCACAGAUUUAUCAUCCCCUGACAUUGAAGGAAUUUAUGAAUCACAGGUUCCCUUGCUGAUAAGAGCAAUAAUUAAACUUGGAUGUGUCUGUAAAGUGAACAAGAUCUUUGCAAGGCUGUUUAAUGGAAUGGAUCUGGAUACAUUUGAGCUGGACCAACUGGAAUUCAAGACUCUUGCUGAGUGUUCCUACAUGGAAAAUGUGAAUCUGAAGAAAAUCUAUUUCUACCACAGCUCUUCAGACAAUCGAGUCAUAUUUGCAGUCUUCAUUCCAGCUUUACACAAGGCUUCUGUGUUUGUUUUAGAUUUGGUGAGAAAUAACCAGAUGCCAAACUUGUCUUCUUUGUACCAAGCAGAAAGAAAUGCAAGGCUUGAAAGGGAUCAAGGAGAUGAAAGUAUUUAUCCUCCAGACAAUCUUACAUUUGAUGUCAGAGUUGAUACUGACUCUAGACAGACCUACAGGGCAAUUCAAAGAUUUCUUAUGACCUACAAAGAGGAGAAGAGAGGACCCACAAUGAUUUUGGUGCAGUCACCUUGGGACCUCAGUCAUCUUACAUCAUCUAUUCCUAGUCUUCAAGAGUUUCCUCUUGUGUGUCUUCCAUACAGUGACAGCAAUGCACAGCACAAUGUUCUUGACUGGCAGCGACAUGCUGCAAGAAGGAUGGUACAGCAUUUCCUUGAGGUGGAAUUGUUUUUCCAGGCUCAGCUUGAACUAGCUCAAUACUUUCAUGUCCCAGUGGGAAAUGUCCCAUCAGACCCAACUCUGUUUGCUGCAGACCUCUUCUAUGCUCGUCACCUUCAGAAACACAAUCACUUGUUGUGGAUGUCACCAACUGACAGACCUGAUCUGGGCGGCAAGGAGGAUGAUGAUAACAGACUAAGUGUUGUUUCUGAAGAAGGAGGAAACAUUGAAGUGAAUAGCCCAGGGUGUUAUCCCACAGUUUGUGUGGAGCUCUCAAUUGACUGUUUUGCAGUGAACACAGUAUUGCAGUCUGCACACAUCAAUGACUUUGAAGGAGGCUCUGCAACUGGAAUCAGCUUUGACAGUAUGCCACAGGCUUCUUUGGAAGAGCUAGUACAAGGAGGGUCUAGUGCAGCCUCCAGUUUGACAACCUAUGAUGAAGCUGCUCUGUGCUCCAGUGCUUUUAGAAUCCUCAAGGGUAUGGUUCACAGCUGGUUGCAUGAAGUAUCUACCUAUGGAAAUCUUAAUGCAGAUGCGCAGUUGAUGCAUUUUUACAGGUGGUUGGCGUCACCUUCAGCUCUUCUUUAUGAUCCAGCUUUGUGUAGAAUGGUGCAAAGAAUGAUGAAGAAGUUAUACAUGCAGCUUAUUGCAGAAUUCAAGCGUCUUGGUUCUACCAUAGUGUUUGCAAACCUUAGCAGAAUAAUCAUUUGCACAAAGAAGAGAAGUGUUGCUGAUGCCAAGGCAUACGUGGAUUUCAUUCUCAAUAGUAUUCGCAGAAAAGACUUGUUCCACAGUAUUGAAAUAAAACCAGAAUCUUGCUGGGAGUAUCUAAUGUGGAUGGAUCAGGCAAACCAUGGUGGUGUGAGAGGGAAGCUUCCCAAGGAAAUUGAUGAAGAGGAGGUUGUGGAAAACAUGGAGGAUCUGGAGAACAGUACUGAUGAAUUGAUGGCCACUCCUAAUGAUGACAAUGAACCUAAUGUGGAAAUGAAUUGGAACAUGAAGAGGUAUCUUCCCUCAGCUGCUUCUUGUCAGAGCUAUUUUCAGAUUAUCAUUGCUAGUCAUAUUCAUGCAAUGUACACCCAUUCCUUGGAAGAAAGAAGGCGCAUUGAACCUGGCAGUACUCCAAUCAAGAAAAGAACAAGCUCCCAAUUGCAGAAAGUUGCUGACACAUCAGCCACACCCAGCCUUGUAACAUUUGCACAGGAGAGGAUCUCUGGAGAACUAACUCAAACUCUCUUUAAUGUGACACAGAAGAUACAACAUGCAUUGUCUGGUGAUAGAUCUUCAAAUGUAGAUCCUAGUGCAGAAUUUCCUCUUCUGCCUGGAUCCCACCUUCCACUAAACAAUCCUGCUUUGGAGUUUGUGAAGUUCAUUUGCAAGGUGUUGUCAUUGGACUCUAACACUCAGCAUCAAGUGAACAAGUUAAGACGAGACCUGCUGAGGCUCCUUGCUGUUGGAGAAUUUUCUUCAGAGGCAACGUUUAGAGAUCCUUGUUCAUCAUUGGUCCUUCCAGAGGUGAUUUGCUUGUCCUGUAACUCUUGCCGUGACCUGGACCUCUGCCGUGAUCCCUUCAUAACCGCAGCAGAAGGAAACAAUCCUGCAUGUUGCAGAUGUGCAAAUCUGGAGUGUGGCAGUGAAUACAACAUGGAUUUCAUUGAGAGUCAGUUGAUUGACAUGGUGCAAAAGCAGUCUAUGGCAUUUGUUCUUCAGGAUCUCAAAUGUGUUAAAUGCCAUGGAGUAAAUGCAACAAAUAUGUCAAGAUACUGCAAAUGUGCAGGCAACUUCUCCCACACUCUGUCUGUUGAUGACUUCUACAACAAGCUAAAGACAUUUAGAAAUGUGGCUAGGCAUUACAAGUUGGCACUUCUGGAAGAAACAGUCAACUGGAUUAUGGAGAAAAAUCCUCAUUUUUAAUGACCAUUUUAAAAAAAAUGUAAAUAAUUUAUCAAAAGUUAUUAGAGUGACAUUUCUUGUUCAUGAAUACAAAGCACCAUACACGUCAUUUGUUUUCCUUUUAUGUUUAGAGCAGAAAGUUUAUUGGAGCUGCCACCAAAAAAAUGUAUCUUGCCAAUCAGUUGUGUUUGCAAGUCUGGGGAGUAGGAGUAUUAACAAUUUCUUGUAAAAAAAAAACUGUUGUUCUUUGCUCUCAAAGAAAUUAUUGAAUUUAUAGAAUAAAGUACACCAACAAACUGA